CUCUCGUCUCCACCAUCGUCAUUUCUGCCCCUGCCGCUGACCCGCGAGACACCACGCCGUAGCAGCUGCAUCUUGCCCCGCCCGCCCGUGUGCGUCAACUCUGCCUGAGCCCGCAGCGCCGCGGCCUCGGCGCCCGCGAGCGCCUCGCUAUCACUCACGGCAGGGCCGCUAGCCCGAGCCAGCCGUGCGCCGCAGCCGCACCGGAACGCCGCCGAUACCUCUGGUGAAUGGCCAUUGAAUGAGAUUGGUGCCAAACUGCCAAUUCAGGACUUAUUGAGGACAAGGUAAAAGUUGGUCAAAUCUGGAAGAAAUACACAAAACGUUAUCAAAAUGACUACAAAUGUGACAUCCGGGUGGAGCAUUGUAAAGGAAGAAUUCAUACUUCCUGCUUCAGGUGCCCUUUUCAACAGUUGCCAUGCUUCUACUAUUGUGCAGAUUGAGGAGGACAAUUUUUUGGUAGCAUAUUUUGGUGGUUCCAGGGAAGGCGCUCCAGAUGUCAAAAUCUGGUUGCAGAGAUAUAGUGAUGGUUGCUGGCAUCCUCCAGUGGUAGCUGAUGAACAGGAUGGGGUGCCCAUGUGGAAUCCUGUUUUGUUUCAGCUUCCCUCCCAUGAAUUGCUUCUCUUCUACAAGAUUGGUCAAGAAGUCCAGAAGUGGAGUGGUGCCAUGAAAAGGUCGUUGGAUGGUGGCAUAACCUGGUCACAGAGAGAGCAGCUACCACCUGGUAUCCUUGGUCCUAUUAAGAACAAGCCUUCUUUGCUUGAAGAUGGUCGCCUACUAUGUGGAUCGUCAGUUGAAAGCUGGAACUCUUGGGGUGCAUGGCUCGAGGUUACAGAAGAUGCUGGCCGGACAUGGCGAAAGUAUGGCCCUAUAUGUAUAGAAGGUGAACCACUUGGGGUGAUUCAGCCCGUUCCCUACCAGACUGCCAAUGGGACUAUUCGAGUGUUGCUGCGAUCAUUUGAAACGAUUGGCCGUGUCUGUAUAGCCGAUUCCAUUGAUGAAGGUGUGACAUGGAGUUAUGUUCAUGAGACUGAGCUUCCAAACCCAAAUUCUGGUAUUGAUGGAGUUAAGAUGAAGGAUGGAAGAGUGCUUCUUGCCUACAACACCUUCUCCAGAGGAACACUCAAAAUUGCAAUCUCCUCGAACGAUGGUGAUUCAUGGGAUGAAGUAAUGACAUUGGAGGAUACCCAAGGUAUGGAAUUUUCAUAUCCUGCAGUGAUCCAAACUAUGGAUGAGCUCAUCCAUGUUACGUACACAUACAACCGGACACAGAUGAAGCGUGUUGUUCUUCAACCAAGUGCAAUGGUGAAAUUGUGAUUCUACGACUUCUGGAGUGGAGAACUGUGUCUGGCAACUUUAAGGCACUUAAAUUUAUUUCCACAUGUUUAAUGUGACCAUUGCUUCAUAUUUCCUAGAUUAUGUUCUUGUACUUCUCCGUUCAGUUGAUAUCAAAUAAAUGCUUGGGUUCGUGUCAACAAAGAUAUUUUAUAAAUGAAAAGUUGUACAUGUGC